ACCUAAACAUCUAUUUUUUAUUUAUACAAAAUAAUUAUGUCAUCAUCAAACACAUUCGGAAAGGGCAAAUUGAGUCGCGAAGACUACAAGAAACAAAAAGACCUAGAUGCAGCGCGCAAAGCCGGCACAGCACCGGCCGAGCUCGACGAAGAAGGCAAUGCGAUCAACCCGCAUAUUCCAGAAUUCAUGUCUAAAGCGCCCUGGUACAUGGACACCGGCAAACUCGGACUCCAACAUCAACGCAAAAAUGCCCUCCUAUCCAAUGAUCCUGGUGAGUCAAAAGAAUGGUAUGCGCGCGGAACUCGCUUAGGCAAGGCACCAAAGGAGUUUAAAAAAGGAGCUUGUGAGAAUUGUGGAGCAAUGUCGCAUAAAACUAGGGAUUGUGUGGAGAGGCCAAGGAAGCGCGGGGCAAGGUGGACUAAUGAGGGAUUGAUGGCAAAUGAGGUUGUGAGGGAUGUGAAUUUGGACUAUGAUGCGAAGAGGGAUAGGUGGAACGGAUAUGAUGCAGAGGAUCACCGGAGACUGAUGCAGGAUUGGGAGCUGGUAGAGGAAGCGCGGAAAAAACGCAAAGCCUCGGAACUCGACGCCAUCAAGCAAAACAAAACACAGCAAGAUGCCACCGCCGCUGCCAAAUCCCAUGUGGAGGAUCAGUUUGCGUCCUCGGAUGAGGACGAUAAUAAGGAGGACGAGGAUAGGGAGGAGAAGAAUGGUGGCAAUACCGGCGUUAAGUCUCGAUCAACAGUGCGGAACUUGCGUAUCCGCGAGGACACAGCCAAGUAUCUGCGCAACCUCGACCCGGAUUCCGCCUACUAUGACCCGAAAACCCGCUCGAUGCGCGAAAACCCCUAUGCCGGUAAAGACACCGCGCAGCUGGCGUACUCCGGAGACAACUUUAUCCGGUACUCUGGCGACGCACCCGAGGUUGCCCGCAGAGAGGUGUUUGCGUGGGAGGCUGGAGAAAGAGGCAACCGCGGGGCGCAUUUCCAAGCUAACCCUACUCAGACUGCCUUGAUGUAUGAGGAGUUUAAGGGGAAGCGCGAUUCGAUGAAGGGUGAGAAGAAAUCGAGGAUUUUGGCGCAGUAUGGUGGUGAGGAGCAUUUGAAGCAGCCGCCAAGGGAGCUGCUGGUGCAGCAGGAGAGAUAUGUGGAGUACUCGCGGGCCGGAAAGGUCAUCGAGGCUGGUGCCGGGGCCGGUGCUGGUGCUGUGGCUGGGAAAGGACCGGCGGCAGAAAACCUGGCAAGGACACGGUUCAAGGAGGAUGUGUUCCCAAUGAACCACAGCUCGGUGUAUGGGUCCUGGUGGGGCGACGGGCAGUGGGGCUACGCGUGCUGCCACCAGCUGCCACGCAACUCGUACUGCACAGCAAAGAGAUAAAGCUUUUGUUACAUCAACAUAAACCCCUUUUAUUUGGCCAUUCACAGCAAAGAAAUAAAUA